GCUCCUGACUUAUACCGGAUGUGGUGUUGAGGAGCAGAGGAACCGCGUGGUUUACGCAGAUACUGGACUGUUCUUCGUAAAGCGCUGAUUUAUCUCAUUUUCAGCUCUUUAAUCCGGUUUAAAGGCUUCAGAUCAUCUAAUCUAAACUCCAGAGGAACCGCGCUGUAACCAUGUUUCUGCAAUUCUACCUGAACGAGAACGGAGAGCGGGUCUACACCCUGAAGAAAGUGGAUCCAGAAGGCCAGCCCACCAGCUCUGCACAUCCAGCUCGAUUCUCCCCUGAUGACAAGUUCUCCCGGCACAGAGUGACCAUAAAGAAACGCUUUGGACUUCUGCUGACCCAACAGCCACGACCUGUGCUGUAACAGAGCACCAAACAAUGGACACAUCAAGGACAUGAAGUGUGUGUUUGCGUGUGCACAUGCACACGUUUGUGUGAUGUUGGUUGCGUAAUAUUUUGUUUUACUCUAUCCAGUAAAAUUGUAUAAUUAUGUUGUUAUACAAUGUCUAGAGACAUCAUUUUAAAAUGAAAAUUUUCCUCAGUUUAAUUGAAGCAUUUUCUUUAAUCUGAGUAAAUGUGAUACUUUAUUAAAUCAGGAGAACAUUUCUCUCUGUUUUUCUGCAGUUUACCCUUUGCUUCUGGAAUUUUGAAAUGAAUUAAUUUGUCACAUUUUUAACUCCACUCUCAAUCUCUGAGUUUUUUUUCUUUGGGGAAAUGAACCCCUUAUUCAAUAAAACUCAUUUGCUAACCUA